AUGUCUACUUCAGACACCAACACUUCAGCCAACUUGACUGAAACCCUUGCCUUGAACACAAACACUGUCCUCCAUGUCAACAUGACCAGUGUUUCGAAACUCACAACAUCCAACUACUUGAUGUGGAGUCUCCAAGUUCACGCUCUACUUGAUGGUCAUGCUCUUGCGGAUCAUCUUGAUGAAUCUCUCACGAUUCCUGCUGCCACGCAGACCGUUGGAGAUGUCACCACAACCAAUCCGGCGUAUACUCUCUGGAAGAGACAAGAUCAGCUGAUCUACAGCGCUCUGCUAGGCGCCAUAUCCACACCUCUCCAGCCUUUGGUGUCUCGUGCGACUACCUCCUCCCAGAUCUGGUCUACGCUUGCAUCCACCUAUGCAAAGCCUAGCCGUGGCCACAUCAAACAGCUCAAAACACAACUCAAAAACUGGAUUAAGGGCAACAAGACAAUCGAUGAGUACCUACAAGGUGUAACGACGAGGCUGGAUCAACUAGCUAUCCUUGGCAAAGCCAUGGAUCAUGAGGACCAAGUCGAAACCAUCCUUGAAGGUCUUCCUGAGGAGUACAAACCUGUGGUGGACCAGAUCGAAGGCAAAGACACUCCUCCUACUAUCACUGAGAUCCACGAGCGUCUACUCAAUCAUGAAGCGAAGUUACUCUCUGCAGUUGUUGCUUCUCCAGCCGCUGUUCCUGCCUCUGCUAAUGUUGUUCAACACCGAAACAACAAUCACUACUACAACAAUCGCACAACCAACAACAACAAAAACUAUCGAAGGCACAACAACAACAUGUCCCAACAGCAAUACAACAACAGAUCUGACUCACGCACCCCACGACCAUACCUGGGGAAGUGCCAGAUCUGUAGUGUUCAAGGUCACAGUGCCAGAAGAUGUCCUCAACUUCUUGCGCUCCAACAACCGGGAAACUCACCUCAGCCAUUUACACCUUGGCAGCCUCGUGCGAACCUUGCCGUUGGAUCACCGUACACAGCCUCAAACUGGCUCCUUGAUAGUGGUGCUACACACCAUAUCACCUCUGAUCUCCAUAAUCUCUCCCUCCACCAGCCCUACAAUGGAGGUGAUGAUGUGAUGAUCGUUGAUGGCUCCAAUCUGGCCAUCUCUCACACGGGUUCCACCCUACUUCCCUCCUCUGCACGCAAUUUAUUACUGAAUAAAAUUCUAUAUAACUACAAAUACUAUCUCGUCCUCGUCGAUCACUUUACCCGAUAUACAUGGCUCUACCCUUUAAAACGCAAGUCGGAUGUCAAGCAAGUGUUCAUUACCUUCAAAUCUCUGGUGGAAAACCGAUUCAACUCCAAAAUUGGCACUCUCUACUCUGAUAACGGUGGAGAAUUUCUUGCUCUAUGGGAAUUUCUCGCCACUCACGGAAUCAGUCAUCUUACCUCUCCACCACACACUCCGGAGCACAACGGUAUCUCGGAGAGGAAACACCGUCACAUUGUUGAGACGGGAUUGACUCUUCUGUCAACGGCUUCCAUGCCGAAAUCCUACUGGCCCUAUGCUUUCUCGACGGCGGUCUAUCUGAUUAAUCGUCUUCCCACGCCGUUGCUGUCGCUUGCGUCACCGUUUCAAAAACUGUUCGGCGCCGCACCAAACUAUGAGAAGCUUCGUGUUUUUGGCUCACUCUGUUUCCCUUGGCUUCGACCGUACACCUCACACAAACUUGAGGACCGCUCGAUGCCAUGUACCUUCAUGGGAUACUCACUGACCCAGAGUGCAUACUACUGCCUCCACUUAGCCUUUGGUCGGAUCUACACUUCGAGACAUGUGAAAUUCGUUGAGCACAUCUUCCCCUUCUCUGAUUCCUCGACACCCAAGAUUACUAACGAGUCCACUCCGCCGGUCGACGAUUCGCCUCCAGUCACUCGCCUGCAAUUUCCGAUGGGAACCCCUCCGUGCUCCGAUCUUCACCCCCACUCGCCAUCGCCGCUGCCGCACAAUACGACAUCGUCGUCUCAGGUAUUGCCUCCUCAACUUUCUCCUGAUUCAUUGCACACACUCACAGAGCCCACUGCUCAAAAUCAAAAUGGGCCGCAACCCACGGCCCAGCCAACCUCUGCUUCCACUGAGCCCACUGCUCACACUCAUAAUGGGUCGCAACCCACGGCCCAGCCAUCCCAGUCCACGAAUCCUAUUCUCCCUCAACCAAUUCAACCUCGUUCCGACUCCGGUGCCGCCUCUCAAUCCAACACCACCGUCGCUAUCCAAAAUCCACCUCCUGAACCACCACCAAAUACCCAUCAAAUGAAAACCAGAGCCAAAAACAAUAUUACCAAGCCAAAAGCCAAAUACUCACUCGCUGCUCUCUAUGUCAAACCACCAAAUCGUGAACCUACAUCUGUCACCCAAGCCUUGAAGGAUAAACGUUGGCGUGGAGCGAUGUCAACAGAAUACGAUGCCCAAAUGCGACAUCGUACUUGGGAUCUUGUUCCUCCGGCGCCGAAUCAAAAUGUCGUCGGAUGCAAAUGGGUCUUCACUCUCAAAUAUCACUCCACCGGCGAACUCGAGCGCAACAAAGCUAGACUAGUCGCUAAAGGCUUCAAUCAACGGUAUGGUGUCGACUACUUGGAAACUUUUAGCCCAUUGAUCAAAUCAACUACUAUUCGCUUGAUUCUUGACAUCGCUGUGGCUAAAUCCUGGCAAAUCAAGCAAUUGGAUGUCAACAAUGCCUUCUUACAAGGAGAUCUCACUGAAGAAGUCUAUAUGUCUCAGCCUCCAGGUUUUGUUGAUAAGGACAGGCCUACACACGUUUGUCGACUACGCAAACCGAUCUAUGGUUUAAAACAAGCCCCACGGGCAUGGUAUAAUGCUCUGAAGCAACAUCUUCUCACAACCGGAUUUGUCAACUCUUUGGCGGAUGCAUCUCUAUUCAUCCGUAAUCGGAACUCCAAAAUCACUUAUGUCUUGGUUUAUGUCGACGACAUUCUUGUCACAGGUAAUGACUCUAAGGACGUGGCUUCUGUAUUGGAAGAUUUUGCUAAUCGCUUCUCUAUCAAGGAUCCAGUUGAUCUUCACUAUUUUCUCGGUAUUGAAGCUACACGGACGCGCCAAGGUCUUCACUUGAUGCAACGGAAGUAUAUCUCUGACCUCUUGGCAAAGAAUAACAUGACUGACGCGAAACCGGUGUCUACUCCCCUGCCUGGUUCUCCAAAACUGACUCUCCAUGGUGGCACCCCACUCGAAGAUGCAUCUCAGUUCCGUUCUGUUGUCGGAAGCCUCCAGUACCUCGCUUUCACUCGUCCAGACAUCUCCUACGCCGUGAACCGUUUGUCCCAAUUCAUGCAUCGACCAACUGUAGAACAUUGGCAAGCUGCUAAACGGGUACUCAGAUACCUCGCGGGAACCAUCACGCAUGGCAUCUUCCUCAAGGCAGAUUCACCUCUCACUCUUCAUGCUUUCUCAGAUGCGGAUUGGGCACGUGACACUGAUGAUUAUGUUUCCACAAAUGCCUACAUUGUCUAUCUCGGCAGCAAUCCGAUAUCAUGGUCGUCGAAGAAACAAAAAGGAGUCGCCAGAUCGUCGACGGAAGCGGAGUAUCGUGCUGUUGCAAACACAUCGUCUGAGGUACGAUGGAUUUGUUCCCUUCUUACUGAACUUGGACUCUCUGUACCUGCUGCACCUACCAUAUAUUGUGACAAUAUCGGCGCUACAUAUCUUUGUGCUAAUCCUGUUUUUCACUCAAGGAUGAAACACAUUGCACUUGAUUACCAUUUCAUCCGGAACCAGAUUCAAGCAGGUAUCCUUCGUGUCUCUCAUGUCUCCACCAAAGAUCAAUUAGCUGAUGCUCUAACAAAACCGUUGUCGCGACAACCAUUCACCACAGCAUGUAGCAAGAUUGGAGUCACAAGAGUGUCUCCAUUUUGA